GGAAUAUCUAAUACACCGUCCAAUUGAAUUUGGCCCGGCUUUGCAUUUGAAAAAGUGCUUCAAUUGAUGCAACCAAGUCCCCAUCAGCGUAUCACACCUAUAAUACGCCCAACAUUCCAGCCUAUUGAUCGAUCGAUUUAGUAGGCGCAAGGCCAUGACGAGGAUACGAUAGGUACAAUGUCCUCUCUAAGAUAUGGCCUUCGCUGUCUUAGAGAUCUCCGGGCGACAGCGACCCGACAACCGAGUCUCUCAGCAUCUAUAAAAGCUUGUAUGAGCUCGGAAACACACCGAACAUUCACAACGACUACGGUCCGCCAAGACGAUCCAUUUAGCCGACUAGAGGCGGCUCUGGCACAAAGCCCUGAUGCAGCCGAACUGCAAGUAGCGCAUGUUCGUCCUAUGCCGCUAUCACCUUCCUACUUCUCGCGGCAUACGCAAUUCAACGAUAGUUUCGUCCUCAUUCAGGACCUCGCACGGAAAUACGGGCGACUUCCUUUUCUCCCUCCUGGCCAAGCGCCGCGGGUGGCAUGGAAGACAAAGGAGCAGUACCGUUUGGCAGUUGGUGAAGCAGUGAAAGCAAGAGAUUACGCAGCCUGCAUUGGGCUGGCCAAGAGGUUAAAUCAAAUUCACCCCGAUUUAAUGCCAGAGGAGGUCCAGCAGGGUCUCCGACCGUUCAAACGAGACAUCAACUUCUAUCUCAAUCGAGCGAAACCCAUUCCGAUCGAUAGGUUUGGCAGGUCGCAUGGUGUUGGGAGGAGGAAAUCUUCAGUUGCGCGAGCAUGGCUUGUACAGGGAACAGGGGAAGUUCUCAUUAACGGAAAGACCCUUAAUGAUGCAUUUGGAAGAGUCCACGACCGAGAAAGCGCACUCUGGGGACUAAAGGUAAUGGACAGAAUAGACAAGUACAAUGUCUGGGCUCUUGUAGAGGGUGGUGGAACUACUGGACAGGCCGAAGCGCUUGCAAUGGCUGUUUCCAAGGCCUUGGCCGUUCACGAACCGGCAUUGAAGACGCCCCUUAAAAAAGCCGGUUGUCUCACUCGUGACCCGAGGAAAGUCGAAAGGAAGAAGGCUGGUCAUGUCAAGGCGAGAAAGAUGCCCGCCUGGGUCAAGCGAUAGAACAAGUCAGAUAUGGUAUUUGGCAGUGGGACUCGUGGAUCGCUUUUCUGCGGGACCUUCGAGCAGACGAAUACCUAUCAGCCUUACUGGCACGAGUCUAGGCUACAUCGUGGUCCAUAUUACCCAAAUAGCGGACUAUGUGUACAAGGGUUACUGUAUCAUUAUGUAUCUGCUUCGUAUGUGGAAUGUAUAUGAGAUGCCAACAACAGUAACAGCUAAGACUGAGACGGCUUGUGAUUCGCUCGCCAUUUAGAUCGAAGUUGAUCUUAAGGCUACUUCGUAAAUGAGCCUCGCCAACGCGGCCCCCCUUACUUAUAUUAGUUGACCAAUCAGAGUGCAGAGACGCUGAUUAUACUAAACACGAGUCGAGUAACCGGCUAUUCGGGUUGUGUUAUAUCAUGUAUGACGGGUGGCUGUAGGAUCGGCGUUAUGUCGUGUUUAGACUCCGCGUAAUACAACGACGGUGA